CCUCCGGACCAUUCCCAGUCCCAUUCGCAUCGCACCGCUCAACCCUAGACGCUACUCCUGAGUCCGGACUUAGCAACUGCCAUGUCGCCGCCUUGCCACGGCUCAACGUCAUCGUGACCGGCUGCCGCUCAUCACCACCCACGCCGGGCGUCCGCAACGCACAAGCCGGCGACGACACGACCCCUCCCGGAUCCGACUCCCAGCUCGUCCGUCUUCUCGCGCCCAGCACCCGGAACGCAGGUGGAGGGGGCAAUCCGCACGGUCGCGGCAACUGAAGGAAAGCACCAACUACAGAAGAAACGUGCAAUAUCCUGCCUGUUCGACAUAAUGGCUAAGGAGUGUAAGAGCAAAAGAGGACCCUUGUGGAGCGGUGAGGACCGCAUCAGCGCCCUUCCCGACGAGCUCUUGCAGAAAGUGUUAUCCUUGUUGCCGGCAGAUGGGGCCGUGAGGACAUGUGUGCUCUCCCGUCGGUGGCGCCACCUAUGGAGGUCCACUCACAGCUUGCUCCUCUACCACACCGGACUGGGGACAUGGUUCAAGAGUGUAGAGAAAUACAACAAGUUCGUCAACAAUCUGAUCUUCCUUCGCGAACUCUCACCUCUUGUGAACUGUGAAAUCAGUCCAUAUCCAGACGAGGCCCAUGACGCAUACACAGAUAUGGAUUUAUGGAUUGACUACUUUUUAAUGAGACAGGUUCAGGUGCUUGAAAUCAAUGGUGACAAAGGCAUUGGUGACAAAAUAAAUUUCGACAUGCCUCUCGUGUCCCAACAUUUGAGGAUCUUAAAUCUACAGUUUGUUGAUUUCUCUGUGGAUAUCUCGGAAUUGCCGGUAUUGGUGGAUCUAAAUUUGAAAAAAUGCGGCAUUUGGACUCAGGAGAUGUCAUCCAUAUCGUUACAGCGUUUGAGCAUUUCAACAUGUCGUGUAGAUGACGAGAUCCGCGUUUGUAUUUUUGCACCAUGUCUUACUUCACUUCUGCUUGACGGUUUUCAAGGGAGGACUCCGUUGCUUGAAGACAUGCCAUUGCUAGAAACAGCUUAUAUUAGGCUGGGCUUUGGCAGUUUGGAUUAUUGCGACUAUUAUUAUGAUGACCCUGGGUAUUGUCCACAUGAAAGCUGUGUUGGUUGUUAUGUUGGAGAUUAUCAGAGCGUGCUUCUCAAUGGCUUGUCGAAUGCUAGCCAUCUGGAGUUGAUAUCUCAUCCUAAAAUUUAUAUCUAUGAAAGGGAUUUGGAAUAUCGCCCCUUGUUUGCCAAAUUGAAGACUCUGUUACUCAACGAAUGGUGUGCGGUUCUGAACCUACAUGGACUAGUUUCCAUUCUCCAGCAAUGUCCUAUCCUUGAGGAGCUCACGCUUCAGUUUUAUAAUAUUGAGGACUUUAUCUUUGACAAAAUAGAAGGAAGUGAGUAUCCAAUAGAGCAAUCAUUUUUUGCAAGUGCGCAACUUAAGUUAGUUACCAUUGAAUAUGAAGAGAUCGAUGAGAGGGUUUCAAACACAUUCAAGCUCUUGAGUACCUGUGGGGGCAUACCUAAGGAGCACAUUAACUUGAAGCCCAGGCGUUCAUGCUUUUAUUGCUUCAGUUUCGAGAAAAACUCAGAUAAUGACGACGCUAGACCCUCAGCCCGGCUGUAUGAUGACGACGAUUGAGAUGGGUGUCUGAUCCCGAUGUUGUUCCAAACCGUCUGUGCUUUUUGUUUAAAGUGUCUGUAAUCGUGAGUCUCGACUAGACCUGAAAAUAUGUCCUUGUUGGCACAACUCAGCAAAACGGUUUCAGUUUGUUCAAGUGGUAGUGGUAGUUGGUUAUAUAUGGAGAUAUAUAUACUCGUCGUCGGAGCAUUGCUAUGAAAUGUGGACAGGAUCGACAUGUCUGUUUUUAUCAAAUUUGAUGAAUCAAUUAAUAUUGCCAGUCA